GCCGUGUUACUUUAUUUGUAGAUAUUAUUUUAUUUAUUUAUUAUUCUUUACAGUUAAUGAAUGAAUGAAUGAAUACUUUAUUAUUAUUUAUUAUCAUGCACAGCUGGUGAGUGUGGUAAUAAGGGUUAUUAGCGAGGACAGAAGCCGCGCCGCACUGUUGCCUUGUUGAGUGUUAUCUAUGCUGAUGAAAACACAAAUAGUUGACUACAUUUGCCAGUCAAACUACAAUACACAUGUUCACAGUGUUUUCGCCUGGCUUCUUUCCAAGGACCGGGUUAAAAGUUAGACAAGAUGAACUGAAAGUUAUGCUUGACGAUUUGGCACAUGUACGCUUCUAUUUAAAUGAGUUAUUUUACAUGAGAGACGUGUGACCCGUCUUUGAGUCCGUCUCCUGAUCUUCUGAUAGCAAAAUUACUGUGUGUAGUGUGCGGAGCUCCAGUGCCCGCAACGAGGUAACAAUAGAUUACAUGUGAGAAAAACAAAACAGCGGCUUGUUUGGUCUGCUGAUAGCGCCUCAGGCCCGUCACUGACAGGGGGUGAAUGGCGCACAUGAUGCAAAAUAUUCUUCACUGUCAGCAUCACACAAAAACAAGAGGUGCGUGCGUGCGUGCGUGUGAAGCUGACGUCCCGCUCUGCGUUUGUCAGAUGGCUUAUGAGGUCAAACUGAGUGGAGGCCGGGUCCCCUGGAGUGGAGUGGCUCCCUCCUCCUGCCCUGAGGUGGACCUGGAGGUCAUAGAGGAGUACCUGCAGGAGCACUCGCUGGAGGUCCAGCCCGCGCACGCGCCCGCGUCACCUCUGACCGCCAUGGGCCAGCACGCCCACUCCCACCAGAGCGCCAGGAUUAUAGAGAAUAGCUGGUCAGGUCAUGCGUAUGAGUGGCACUGUGGCUCUCACACUCCACAUGAGGAAUACAAAGAGCACGCUCCACCUCCAGCCUGGCCUUGUCCCCAUGACAACCAACUGAACAACAUUGUGUAUUCCUAUGAAGUUCCCGCAUACAUCGACUCAGACUCACAGUCGAGCAGCUCCCAGUAUCAGGAAUACCAAGAUUCACCAUCACCAUCUUCUGACAGAGGAGACAGGAAGGACUCCUUGCCCCUUGCGCCGCUGUCAGGAAAGAGGAAGGAGCGUCUGUUCCAGUUCCUGUUCGAGAUGCUGCAGACGCCAUCGAUGCGGAGCUGCAUUUGGUGGGUGCAGUCCUCCUCUGGCACCUUUCAGUUCUCCUCCCAGAACAAGGAGAGCCUGGCGCAGCUGUGGGGUCGGCGGAAGGGUAACCGCAAGACCAUGACCUACCAGAAGAUGGCUCGAGCGCUGAGGAACUACUCGCGCACCGGCGAGAUUCACAAAGUGAAGAGGAAGCUCACGUACCGCUUCGACGAGAAGACACUGAGAGGCCUUCAAGGAGACUCCAGCACGGUGUAGGGACGACAGAGGGCGUGCGCCAGCACAGAAACUGGAUGAGCACAAAUGAUGCUAAAAAAAAAUCACAUGGUUUUCCCAUGAAUUCGUUUCUGCUGAUUUUAAUUCUGCCGCAUUUUGAAUAACAAAUGAAUACCGAGUAUUUGAGAAGCCAGAAGAAGAAACGCUGUUGUUCAGAGCUUAUUGUGGAUACUGAGCCAUAUUGGAGUUGGUAUGAAGGUGUGAACAGACAAUGUGUGAGUGGUUAGCUGGCGUUUAACGCGUAAAUCCUAAAGGGUUUAACACAUCUACUUUAUAAGUAGAAUCAUUUUCAAAAUAAACGUGGUUUUCUUUAUUAUUAUUAUCAUUUUUUGUGAUUCUGUAUUACAGAUAUUCAGCAGAUACAGUUUGAGAUCAUUUUUUUUAAGCUUCUUAUCAAAAUAAGACGGUGUAAAUGUGAUCUGUGAUCUGUUUGUGUCUAAUCUUUUUUUUUUAUUAUUAUUUCAAGAUAAAAUAAAUGAAAAAAAUAUUUUCAGAACA